AUGGCGAUGCAAGCACCAGCUUCAAAGAAGGAUUGGUUUUUGUACCUGAUGAUGGAUGAUCGAAUAUACCGUCUAAAUAUUGAUGAAUUCUGCAAAAAGAACUCUCCAAAGCCUCAGUUUGAAGUUGUUCAUGAUUACUAUCUUGAUGAAGGCUAUAUUCCUAACACAACUAGUCCGCUUCCUAAUACAACUCUUCCGCAGCGAAUGCAACCUAUUGUUGUGGGUUCCCAAGUGUACAUGCUCGGGAGUACUACUCACUCUGAAAACAAUGGUUCUGAUCAUGAUGACGAUUCCGGUGAAGAUGCUGAAGAUGAUUCCCGUACUAACCGUAAAAGCGUACGUUGGCAAUGGUAUGAUAAUCGUGUGGCCAAUUUAGAUGUUUUUUCCUUUGAUCCUGAUGCUUCAGAGGGUCCAGCGAUCAGGAGGGUCCAGCGAUCCUUGCGCGUCACCUCACUCUCUGUCCCCCAAUGCGACACCUCACUUCCUCCGGCGGUUCAGACCUUCUGGCAGUGGCUCCGGGACGAAGGUGUAGUCUCAUCCAAGACACUUGCAAAGCCAGCUUUGGUCCCCGAAGGCAUGGGGCUCGUGGCCAACAGAGACAUUGCCAGAAACGAGGUCGUUUUGGAGGUUCCAAAGAGGCUGUGGAUAAACCCGGAUGCUGUGUCAGCCUCGGAGAUUGGAAAUGUGUGCAGUGGGUUGAAGCCUUGGGUGUCUGUGGCUCUGUUUUUGCUCAGAGAGAAGAGUAGGGACGAUUCCAAGUGGAGGCUUUACUUUGAUAUUCUUCCUGAGACUACUGAUUCCCCUGUGUUCUGGUCAGAAGAGGAGCUUGAUGAGCUUCAAGGAACUCAACUUUUGAGUACAACAAUGGGUGUGAAAGAGUAUGUGGAGAGUGAGUUUCAGAAAGUGGAACAAGAAAUCAUCCUUCCUAACAAGAAGCUUUUUCCUUCUCCUAUCACAUUGGAUGACUUCUUUUGGGCAUUUGGGAUACUGAGAUCUCGGGCGUUCUCGCGCCUCCGUAAUCAAAGUCUUGUUUUGAUCCCGUUCGCAGACUUUAUUAACCACAGUUCCAGCGUAACUACAGAAGAGCAUGCAUGGGAGAUCAAAGGAGCAGCAGGUCUUUUCUCUUGGGACUAUCUGUUCUCUAUAAGAAGCCCUCUUUCUGUCAAGGCUGGAGAGCAGGUUUACAUCCAGUAUGAUCUAAACAAGAGCAAUGCUGAGUUAGCUUUGGACUAUGGAUUCAUAGAGUCGAAGGCAAAUCGAAAUGCGUUUACCUUGACACUGCAGAUAUCAGAAUCAGACCCAUUUUAUGGGGACAAGCUGGACAUUGCUGAGUCAAAUGGUAUGGGUGAGACUGCAUACUUCGACAUAUUCUUGGACUGUUCACUUCCAGCACAAAUGAUUCCAUAUCUGCGGCUGGUAGCUCUUGGAGGAACCGAUGCCUUCCUCUUGGAAUCUAUAUUCAGGAACUCUGUCUGGGGAUUUCUUGACCUUCCUGUGAGCCGUGCCAACGAGGAGCUCAUAUGCAGAGUAGUCAGAGAUGCCUGCAAAGCUGCUCUUUCUGCCUAUCCUACCACCCUUGAAGAGGAUGAAAAGUUAAUGGACUCAGAACUGGAUCCAAGGCUGGGCAUUGCUGUUGGAAUCAGAGCAGGGGAGAAGAAGGUGCUGCAACAUAUCGAUAGUAUUUUCAAGGACAGAGAGUCAGAACUAGACAUAUUGGAGUACUACCAAGAAAGAAGGCUUAAGGAUCUUGGACUCUCUGGGGAGCUAGGAGACAUCAUCUUCUGGGAGAAGUAGGGAAAAUUCUUAUAGUGAAACUACUGAGAGUUCCUGAAGAGGAUGAGGAAACACUUUUCUUAAAGGAUGGAUCCCAUUAAUACAUUUUUGUUGCUUAUUGUACUUUCAUAGCAGAUGUACCAGUAGACCUACUCUUACCAAUAUUGAAACACCCAGCGCUUGAGUGUAUAAAUGUAACAGUUUGA